AUACAUUUUUCUAAAUAAAAUAGUCCGUCCGAUCGUGCUAUCAACUCAGAAUAACAGUUUUCCGAUUCCCUUAUUUGAUCUUGGACUUGGAUGCAACCAUAUCUAUUCGCCAACAGUAAUAAAUUUAUAACGAUUUAAAUUUACCUAUUCGAUAAUUGAAAUGGCUGCAGCUGACUUAGCCGUUGGUAAAUGGGAUUUAGAGAAUUCUGAGAACUUUGACGAAUACAUGAAAGAAUUAGGUAGGAUCAAAGCAUCUAGUCUUAGUAAUAUAAUAAUAGUACUAGUUCAGUAUUAAUUAAUUUAAUAUUAAUAUUUUUUUUUUUAAUUUUGGCAUUGUAAUUAUGUUUUUUUAUUCUAAGCCUCACAGACCUGAGGCCUAUUAUAUAUUAUACUUAUAGUCAUAAAUAUUAAACAACAAAAUUAUAUUAGUAAUUAGCAUUAUCAUUAAGUUAAAAUUGAAUAUCCAGGGGUCAGCAACUUUUUUUAAAACUCGGAACUACAUACGAAAUUGACUGAACUGCCACGCCACUGAUGCGGUUGCGUUGUCUGUUGAACUUGAGGUAGUGGGGAAUUAUUUCGCCACCCGCUUUUGUUUUUAGAAAGUGAAAAAAAGUGGAUAAUCAUUUCAAUUAAGGCAAGGCAUUCGUUCAAUUAAAGAGGGUAGGCCUAAAUUAUACAAUUACAAUGAACGUAUUUUAGUGAGCGGAAAUGUGCACUAUCCCCAAAUAUAGACCUGUACUCAAGUGUACCGGCACUGGGUAGUAUUAAAAAAUAUUAUUAAUAAGUUAUAGGUAUAAUUAUUACAUUUUAAAAAAGGGACAUUGUACGCUUGAUGUUUAGCACCGGAGAUGCUGAUGAGUUAGUUGGGGAUUGUUACUAGAGUUAGCUCUUCUCUUUUAUUAGGUACUUCCGUAUUGUCCGGAAAUUCCAGAAAACGGGUAUCGUAAUUUCGUUGUCAAAAUGGCGACCUCCACUUUUUAGUUUACUGAGGGUAUUGCUGUUUCGCCUUUUAUAUUCAAUUAUUUAAAGCCAACAUCUUGCUUGUUGUAAUGAGAGUUCGUUUAAUUUUUUUUUUCAAGGUUAAAGCUUUGAAAAUUGAAGUUAAAAAAAUAGGUAAACUUCACUCAUCAAUAACUUUUAAAAAAAAAAAAAAAAAUCUUAUUUAGUUUAUAUGUUUAUUUACAACAUAUCCAAAAUUCAUGAGUGUAGUCCAUCGGCAGACUUCAAAAACGAAAGUCAGAGAGGUAAUUUUUUUAGCUAUUUAAUUUGUCAUCAUGGCAACCGUGCUUGUCUGCUUAUUGCCAAUUAUCGAUAGCAGCCGUGGGGUAGUAGUAAUUAAUUUUAAAUAAAUAAAAAAAUGGUUUUAAAAAAUAAUUAACUAUUUAUUGGUUUAGUUUAUGAUUAUGAUCUAUCAGUGAUUUUAAUUUUGAGGUUAGUUGCCAUGGACUUUGAAUUAAAAUUGAUAAGCACUUGUUUUGACUUAGUAUUAUAUUAUAUAUAUAUAUAUAUAUUUAUAAACUAAUUAUUAAACCAUAUAAUUAAAUAAACUAUGUAUAUAUGUUUACAUAUUAGUACAGUUUUUUAACUAGCUUGGAAAUUAAAGCAGAAUAUAUUAACAGCUCGUUUUUUAAAACAUUUUGCCGAUAGCAUGUGGUUCGAAUAUAAACAUCCUGUCAAAAAAUUUAAAUCUCGAAGCAAAAUGGGAAUGGAAUAAUAUAAAUAUUUGACUCAAUUUACUACGAUACAAACAUUGGCACUACCAGCGGCUCAUGGCCUUAACGAAAGAAACACCCAGCUGCUCCCACCGGCUCAUGGUAGUUAAUGGAUUUUGACUUUUCUGACCUCUUCUGGAUUUAUAAAAUGUAUAAAUUAUAAAAGUGUAUUUGAUUUUUGUUGUUAAUUUUUUAUAUUUUUUUAUUGUCUUUUUAAAUGUCUUAAAAGGGGUGAAUUUUUUAGCCAGCAUGUUUUUGCACUACUUUUUUUUUUUCAAACAGCCACCAUCUUCAUUGUCAUGACACGUCUGUUGUCAUGGCAACACAAAUGGUGGCAUUGUGAAAAAAAAGAAGGGCAAAAACACUGUAAAACAGGGGAAAUGUCAAUUACCAAAUGAAAAGCUUAAUCUGGAGCCACAGGUUGCAGACCGAUGAUAUAGUUAGGCCUAUCAUCUUACCAUACAUAUCUUGUAUAUCUCAGCUGAUUUUAGCAUUUAGUGUUUCACUAUUUAUCAAUCAAUCAUUAUUUAUUUCAUUGUAGAACAAGUUGUCUUCAACAAAAUAAAUUUUUAACUUAUUAAAUGAUUUAGACUAGACCUAAUAUUAUCUUAUAUACUGAUAUAAGUUAUUGGUGACUUAAAUCGACAUUUAAAACUUUAGUCUCCACUCUACAUGCAAAUAUUUCCCCCUCUUUUUAAAAUUUCUGAUUGAGAAGGUUUCUGAAUGAAUUAUAGAAACUGAAAGGAAUGAUGUUAUGAAUUAUAAAAUUAAAUUUUUUGUUUGUUUUUUUUCCUCAGGAGUCGGUUUCGCAACUCGUCUGAUUGGUAAUAAAGCAAAGCCAAGGCAGGAGAUUAGUAUAGACAAUGGAGAGUGGACUAUUAAAACUUCAACAUCACUUUCUGGGACAGAAAUCAAAUUUAAGCCAGGUGUACCUUUCCAGGAAAAAACUAUGGAUGGAAGGAAUGUCACUGUAAACAUUUCUUUUGUGUAGAUAUUUUUUAAGAAACCAAUUUUAGCACAAGCAUGGCCAUCAAAAACGUGUUAUUUAUUAAUAUUUACUGGCCAGUUAGGAUUUUACAAAACUAACUAAAAAAGGGUUGGACCAUGAUAAAGCAUUCAAGUAGAUUAAUGAGACACACAUAGUGUAAAUAAAACAAUUAUAACUACACAAAAUACAAAUUCAAACAUUUCGGCAUAUUUCUUAAUCAGUACAAGAGAAGAGAUUCAUAUAAGUACAAAUGAAAUGUACAUAAUAUAUAUAUAUAGCCUACAGAUAUAUAUGCAUGUGUGUGUAUAUAUAAAUAUAUGUGUGUAUGUAUGCAUGUAUGUGUAUAUAUAUAUAUAUAUAUAUAUAUAUAUAUAUAUAUAUAUAUAUAUAUAUAUAUAUAUAUAUAUAUAUAUAUAUAUAUAUAUAUAUAUAUAUAUAUAUAUAUAUAUAGGUAAAUAUAUAUAUGUAUACAUAUCCUACGUAAAACUGAAAGAAAAGGAUAAGAAUGGGCAUAAGUCCCUAAUGGAAACAAAGCUGAGAAGACCAGCAAAGCAAGUGUGUGGAACUACAAUUUAAAAACCUACAGGAAAAAGACAUUACAGCCAUGAAAAAUGUAUAUGGUUUAUACCCUAUGGAGUCUAUGUACCAAAUCUUGUUAUUAAUUUGUUUUCCAUGUAAAUUCUUCUAUCAAGUGAAUUACUGGGAUACAAUAUAUCAGUAACUGCAAUGUAUAAUAUUCCAUAAUGGUUAGCACUAUUGAAAUGUGUAGAAACAAGACAAAGGACUUAUUUAUAUAUUGAUGCUGUACAGGUGUUCUCUAAAACGAUCUCCAAGGCGAUGACCUGUCUCUCCUACAUUUGAUUUUCCACACUUUUUACUAAGGAUGGUGUAAAUCACAUUGCGACUUGGUAAAACCAUCUUUGAUUCUGAAUAUUUUCAGAAAUCUUAUAAACUUCAAAUUUAAAGGGACAUGUGUUACCGCUGUUAUGGUUGCAGCUUUUGGUGCCUUUAAAGCAAAGACAUGGCUUCUUACAAGCAUGUCUCUAAGGCUCUUGUCCUUCAGAAAGUGAAAAGAGGAUUUUUGAAAAUCUGAUUAGUUACAGGGUCUGCCAUAAGGAUGGACCCUUUUUUGAUAACUAAAUAAUGAGCUAUAAGGUUGUGGGAAUUAAAAGUUAAAGUGUAUUUAAACUGUGAGAAUGAGUGUCUUUCAAUGAAUCAUGUCUGGUUAUACCUUUAAUUCGAGUGACGGCUGCUUCUAAUUUACCUCUGAUUAUCAUUAAUAUUUCAGUCAACUUGCACCAUUGAUGGCAACAAGCUAAUCCAGAACCAAAAAGCUGAAAAAGACAAACUUGACAGCAAUAUAGUUAGAGAUUUCAAAAAGGAUUCUUUUCUUAUGGUAUGGCAUACUUUUUCACUUCUGUUCUUUUUUUAUAAGGUGACAAAUACUACUUCUUGGUCUGUUUCUUCUAAAAUAUCCACACAUUUUCCUUUCCACCAACUCAGUUUUUUAUGUUAAUUUCAUGAACAUAUACAUUGGAGGGUGGGGGGUGUGUAAAUAGUAGCUUAUAAUGAGCUUGUCCGAUGUACAGAUAUCUCUGAUUCUUUAUGUUGGUUUGGAGACUUUUCUACCAUUAUUUUGUUCAAUACCUGGUAUUGUUCUGAAGAAAAACAUGCCUUUUGCACACAAGAUUUAAUGAGGUCUGUUGGAGCUACAAAUAAACAAUCAUAUACAUUAUAAAUAUCUUAGCUAUGUUCAGUCCAAUACUCAAUGAUAAGAAACAACUGGGGCAAGUUACAGUCUGCUAUCACCAUGUUAUUUAUUGUAUAAUCAGAAAAGGUUAUCUCCUUUUUUAAGUAUCAUUGAUUUCUGAUUUGGGUCAGGGACAAGAAGAAAGCUAAUAGCCGUGAAACAUAAAAUUUAUCCAAGUUUUAUAUUUUUUUAUUUCAAACACGGAACUCCCGAAAUCACAAUUAAUGUCAACAAGAAAAAUGACCUGUUUGUUAUUAUUACACUGAGCACUCUUGUAUAAAGUGCAAAUAAUUUCUGUAUGAAAAGUGCUAAAAAAAUGUAAUUACAAAUAAAUUACGUAUUGUGAAAAUUGAAGCUCUGUGCAAAAGCUUCUCCAAUUGUAAUUUUAUAUCAUGAUGUGCAAUCAAGACAAGUGUAAAAACAUUUAGUUUGCUUUGAGACAUCGUGUUAAUAAAGAGAUUCGCAAUGCUGAGACUAGGCACAGUUGUUAUGGGAAGGUUUCGGUCCAGUAAUCCAAGGUUGGCACAGUUGUUAUGGGAAGGUUUCGGUCCAGUAAUCCAAGGUUGGCACAGCUGUUGUGGGGAGGUUUGGGUCCAGUAAUCCAAGGUUGGCACAGUUGUGGUCGGGAGGUUUGGGUCCAGUAAUCCAAGGUUGGCACAGUUGUGGUGGGGAGGUUUGGGUCCAGUAAUCCAAGGUUGGCACAGUUGUGGUGGGGAGGUUUGGGUCCAGUAAUCCAAGGUUGGCACAGUUGUGGUGGGGAGGUUUGGGUCCAGUAAUCCAAGGUUGGCACAGUUGUGGUGGGGAGGUUUGGGUCCAGUAAUCCAAGGUUGGCACAGUUGUUGUGGGGAGGUUUGGGUCCAGUAAUCCAAGGUUGGCACAGCUGUGGUGGGGAGGUUUGGGUCCAGUAAUCCAAGGUUGGCACAGUUGUGGUGGGGAGGUUUGGGUCAAAUAUUUAGUUUAAUUUCUAUCCUACCAUAUUUUACCAAAUGACAAAAUUGAUAUUUCUCAGACUUUGACUGCUGGCAAGGUGACAUGCACCAGGGAGUACAAGAAAGUGAAUUAAAACAUUGAAUCUCUUCUAACUGUGACAAGCCGAUGCAUCAGAUGCAUGCUUCUGGUGGACUGCUGCUUUUUAUGUUACAUUAUUUUUAAAGAAAGCAGUUUUCAAUUGUAUUUAUUUAUUUAGUCAUAUUUGUUUAAAAUGAACCAGUAAAUGUGUUUGGCCAUCACUGCAAAUGAUAGAAGCUAAAUUUUCUAAAUAAAUAUACCUUGAGUUUUACUGAAAAGGCGAGGCCUUAUGUUGGGAAGUAUUGGUUUUUGAAAGUGUUUCUGAAGCUAUUUAAAAUAAAUAGUCUUUUACAAUAGACCAGCACCUAUGGGAUGGACGUUUUUGUACCAGCUAUUCUGUGAAUAGCACAUUAAUUAUUUAUUGAUCCACCCUGGACCUCACAACAAUUUGACUGAGUUCUCAAUGAUGUGAUGGCAUUUUAGUUUUACUCACCAUCUGUCAGCAUAAGAUUAUUUUGUAUGUCCCACGCAUUUUAAACCACUUUUAUUAUACAGGGGCCAGAUGUUCUGGGAGCUUAAUGUUUUACCUAUGGUCAACAAUAUAUGCCACCACUUUUAUAACUAUGGGUCAGAUGUUUCAGCUUUAAGUUUUAACCUUUGUUUAGCCAUAUAUAUCACCACUUUAUUUGAUGUGGAUGUUUUAGUAUUGAGUUUAAUCUAUGUUUAACCAAAUAUAUCACCACUUUAUUUGAUGUGGGUCAGAUGUUUUAGUAUUGAGUUUAAUCUAUGUUUAGCCAAAUAUAUCACCACUUUAGUUGAUGUGGGUCAGAUUUUUCUUACUUCUAGGAGACUUUAUCGGUACCAGUAUUCAGACCAUGGGACUUUCCCUCUCAAUAAAUCUUUAAAAUGCUGCCUAAGAAGAAAGUCACUUGUGUUAUUAUCAGAAGAGGUUAGGAGAGCACUAAAAAGCCACUAGAAUUUUGCUAGGGUCGUUCAAUCAGCUGGACUAUUUGCACUUUAGUCAUAUUGAGAAUGUUCCUUAUCUAGACGUUAGUUCCUCCCUACAUUUUAAGAUGUUCUAUUAAAUGUGUUGUGUUUUUUUAAAUAAUCCCUUUGCUACAUUUACUGAAUAUUUCUAGAAGAAUUUUUAAUUUCUCAAGGUUACAUGUUAAUUAGAUCCAUUUAUUUCUACACUAAUUAUUGUAGUGUUGAUUUUUGUCAACAUUUUUAUUUAAAUUUUGUGAGCUUGUUCCAUUUUAAAGUUCAGUACAAUUUUUAAUGCAAUGCUGGACUUGAAGUUUGAAGUCAAAAUGAUACAUUUUGUCAGAAUAAAGUAAUGAGGAAAAUAAUGAA